AUGCCAAAGGAACGUAACUUCAAUCCCGUGCAGGCCCAGCGGAAGGCCGACAAGGCCAAGGAGAUCAAGAAGGGCAAGGCAGACGCCGCCGCCCGGCGAAACGAGAAGCUCGCAAAGCGCAACCCAGAGCGCCUACAAAAGCAAGUCGACGACCUCAAGCAGAUCACCGCCAGUGGUGGCAAGCUCACGAAGCAUGAAGAGACGGUGCUCGAAAGUCUCGAACGAGACUUGAAGCAGGUCAAGAAGGCUCGCGAGGCCCUCGGUGACAAAGCCCCAACCUUUGACCGCAGCAGUCCUCGGCCAGGCGGUCAUGGUGUGCUCGGCAAGAGGAGACGCGACAAUGAGGACGUUUCGAGCAGCGAUGAGGACGUCCCGGAUGACGUAAAGAGCAUACCCAUGCCGCGCGACACCCCACCUCCGAUUUCCAAGGAGAUCAUGGACCAGUGGUACGCGAAACGGAGGGCGAGGAGAACCAAUGCCAACGAAACUCCUGUUGGCGAUAAGCGAGGACGUUCGGGUACGACCGAGAAGCCAGAGAAGCCAGAGAAGCCAGUUGCGCCGGUGGAAGCAAAGACCGUCUACGAAGCCAAGCCUGUCAUCCGCGAUUUAAAGAAGGAAGCCGUCAGCGCCUUCAUGCCCACCGCUGUCAGGAUGAAACUCGAGAAAGGCAAGGGUCAGGGCGCACUUAUGGAACCAGAAGAGGCCGACCGCUUGGAGCGGGAGGGUUACCUGAAGACUACAGAGGACAGGGGCGACACAGCCGGUUCUGCAUCCCGAUCGCACGCUGUUACGAUGGAAGAAGUGGAGGAUGACGAGGACUGA